AUGAUGUCUUCUGGUGGAUAUCGCUCCUUUGAUGAUCUUACCGAGCAGUAUGAAGAUGAAUGGUUACAACUGGGUCUCGAAGAUGAUAAUCUGAAAUGCAGUAGCCCUCCUGCUAAUGGAUCCUCGGAUUUUGGACUGACAGUAGGGGCACGGUCAUGCCCAUCGCCGUUAACUCACAUCCCAACACGGGAAUCAUACCCCGUAGAGCCUCCACCGAAACUGUCUCCUGUUUCAUCGGAACAGCAAACAUUUAUUACUUUGAGUAACAGCCGUAUUCCUCCUGUUCCUUCCGGUCCAUCACAGCCUCUUCUGCAGCCUCCACCACAGACGCAGUCUUCCGAACUUGGUAGCAUUGAAUAUGAACUAAAUCCAGACCUGAAUGUUUUGUCGAUCCCGUCCAGUUCUCCAAUGCUUGUUGCUAAAACAACAGAGCUGCAGUUUGCCCAGCCCUCCGUAUCGGGUCUUCAGCAGAACGGCGAUUUCGCAUCCUUUGUUCAGCUUGAACAGAGGGAAAAAAGAACGGUCAUUCAGCCACAGCAGCAGCAGCCUGGUUGCGUUCAAACUGCCAACGGGCAGUGGUUUGUGCAAGCACAACUUCAACAAGUACAGACCAGUGGUGGCACAGUGCUUGCUGUAGUGCCCAAUUUUUGUCGUUCGCAAGUGCAGAUAUCCGGGAACAAUCAGAACCUUGCGCAGGUGCAGGUUUCUCAGCCACAGUUGAUUGCGCAUUCUCUGGAUGCUGCCGGUGGCGGCUCUCAGGCAACUCAGCAUGUGCUACAGACCCAUCCAGCACAUCAUCAGCAGCAGCUUCAGCAACAACCCCAGCAAAUCGUACACGCUACUCGAAUGCCUCUCGCUGUUGCUGCCGGUGCACCUCAGCAGGGACAGUCUGUUAUGCAGCAUCUCCUCUCUCAGCCCACCAUCUCGCGCCCACAUCUUCAAGCGACAGUUCAGCCGUUAACAUCAGCGCCAGCAGCAAAAAAGCGAAAUCCGCAGCCACGGAAUGGACGGAAAAAGAAGGAGAAUGUGGUCCAGAGUAGCACAGUGGGUGCCGUUCUUACAAAGGCGAACAAGAUUGCUGCCGCUGCGUUAACAGACACUUCAGUCAAUCAAGUGUUACAUCCGUCGCAUAGCAUUGAAAUGAGAUUAAGUGUACAAAACAGUGAGCUUGUGGCUAAUCUUUCGAGGGAAAUAACGCGCUUGCAAAAUCAGCAAAGGACAUACCGUGUGGACUAUUCAGCCGAAAUCAAGGAGCUGGAAAGUAAACGAGCGCAGAUAUUUUUUGACGCUCUUGCGCAGCAGCACAAGGAUAAAGAAUUGUUGUUGGCGGUGAAUCCGAAACUGGUGACGUCUGCAGUGCCGAACAGACAGAGGAGUAAUAAUAGUCAUGCUGGUGCAAAUGCUGUGAUAAUUCAUCAAGUCCAGCCUUCAACAAGUUACGAGCAACAGCCGCAGCAGCAGCAACAGCCGACCUUUGGAGUGCCACCAGCACGAGUUCCAACCUCUUAUCAGAAUUCUUAUCACUUGCCUCAUUAUACUUCAGCGCAUGAAACAGUUCAGAACAACUCGUUCAGCGCAUCCAGUACUAGCCAGUUACAACAGGGUGUGUCAAGCGUCCAGUAUAAUUCAUAUCGCUCUGUAAACCAGAUUCAUGUACAGCAAGGCCAAGUACGGGAGAAUUAUGUGCCAAAUUCUGUACCACAGAAACCGGCCAUUGCGCAACAGCCGGAGCGGUGUGUAUCUCGCCCAGUGAUGUCGGAAGCACCUUGUGAACCGCCGCGACCAGCAGUGCGAUUGUUCCCUCCACCAGCUCUCAAAUCGUUGGCAGAGGCAGCUGCUGAUAUUGCAAAAAAGAAAGCUGAAAGGACCGAAAGACUAAAAGAUUACUUCUCGUCAGUGCGCGAUUUCGUGGUUCGUCCAGAUUUGACUUCGCCUUUUCGUGAUCUCUCGGAUAUGCUACAACGCCUUCUUCCAUUUCAUGUUUAUUCUGAACCUGAUCUUAAUUCCGGAAUUUUGGAUGACUUUGAUUAUGACUGUUUACGGCAUUUUGUGCAUUUAAAGAGCAGAAGAGAUGUUGUUGAGCAGCGAAUACGAUCUAUUCUCUACCGAGAAGCAAUGGAGUGCAGCAGCAAGCCAUAUGAGUGCCUUCUACUUUCACUUGACGCAGAACAUGAACGCCGUUUGCUGGAUGAAGAAAAACAGAUGGCGUUGAUCACUGGCAGUGAAGAAUUUGUUUCAAAAUCAGCAAUAUGUGCUCAUCUGACUUUCGAUGAAUUGGAACGCCGCAAAAAGGAACUUGUGCCAGGAUGUAUGCCAACACUGCAUUUCGAUUACCAUGAUUUUUCGGAAGACGAAAUUAUCGCGCGAACCAUUUCUCUACCCAGUAAUCUUGAUGAAUGCAAUAAGAAGUAUUCGAAGUCGGUAAGAGAACACGCAGUCUCGACGGAUGCUGACGAAGAAGGUCAAGAAGCCACCGAUUCGGGCAGUGAGGACAUGAAGUCUCCGCAUUCAGGCGAAAGAGAUGCAGCCUGUGGUGAUUCAGGAGAAAGUAGCGUACAGUUUGCUGACUUCGGCGAGAGCGAUGUCGAGUCUGUCAACGCGGAUGAACUGACUGUAGAAACAGUUGGUAUAGGCGAAGAGAAUGAUGCAGUGCCCCCGAAUCAAGUGGAUGCAACGGUAAUAAGUAAGCAGACAGCAAAUGUAGAAUGCGGAACAGAUGAAUUCAUGGCGGAAGUUCUCGUAAAGGACCUUCCACUUCAGGAUUGGAGUAGGGUCAAGAUUUGA